GAUCGAUCCAUAUUUUAGGGCUGGUCCAGUUCCAGCAUGUCGCGAGAUUUGUCUCAGCGUAUAUAAAAUAUGAUGUUGAAACGGUCCUCGUUACUGUUGGCCUACGUUUCUGUUUUGUUAUACGGUCAUGUGUGUGCGGCUCUCAAACAAAUUGAGGCGACCCCUGAUACCAAAAGAUUGUACGAUGAUUUAUUAAGUAAUUAUAAUAGAUUAAUUAGACCAGUUGUCAAUAACUCCGAAACUUUAACGGUAUGGAUGGGAUUAAAAUUGUCACAGCUUAUCGAAAUGAAUUUGAAGAAUCAAAUUAUGACUACGAAUUUGUGGGUUCUUCAGAAAUGGGUAGAUUACAAAUUAAGGUGGGACCCAGAAGAGUACGGGGGCGUGGAGCAACUCUACGUUCCAUCCGAACACAUUUGGCUUCCAGAUAUCGUUCUUUUCAACAACGCUGAUGGAAAUUACGAAGUUACGCUUAUGACUAAAGCUGUUUUAUCAUACACAGGGGAAGUGGUGUGGAAACCACCCUCUAUUUAUAAAUCAUCGUGCGAAAUCAAUGUGCAAUAUUUUCCUUUUGACGAACAGAGCUGUUUGAUGAAGUUUGGAUCCUGGACCUAUAACGGAUAUCAGGUUGACCUCAAGCAUAUGGAUCAAGUGCCAGGAUCAAAUAUAGUAAAAGUGGGAAUAGACUUAUCCGAAUUUUAUCUUUCCGUAGAAUGGGAUUUAUUGGCCGUUCCAGCAACGAGAAAUGAGGAAUAUUAUCCUUGCUGUUCGGAACCAUAUUCAGAUAUUACAUUCAAAAUAACAAUGAGAAGGAAAACCCUGUUUUAUACGGUGAAUUUAAUCAUUCCAUGCGUUGGGAUAACAUUCCUAACGGUGUUAGUAUUUUACCUACCGUCGGACUCUGGAGAGAAGGUGACGCUUUGCGUUUCAAUUUUGAUAUCGCUUACCGUAUUUUUUCUUCUGCUCGCCGAAAUUAUACCUCCGACGUCUUUGGCAGUGCCGCUUCUUGGCAAAUACCUGCUUUAUACCAUGAUUAUCGUGACAUCUUCUAUAUGGGUGACGGUCUGCGUGCUAAAUGUUCAUUUUAGGUAA